AGCUGUGAGCCCUAUUUUUAACUAUUACUAUAUUUCAACAACUACUAUAACAACCUAUAUAGUAUAAAAAUAUCUAUCGAUGAAUAGCAUUCUAGGACACUUGUUAGGAAAGUUUCUAAUAAUGCUAAUUACUGUGUUACUUAUUUUGAAAAAAAAAAUAACUGAGAAACUCAAUGACUCGACGCUUAAUUAUAUACCCGAGCUGGGCUCUCAAGCGAAGCCAGAGGCAAUUUGUAUUUGGGAGAAAAAACUCAACUUGGCGCCAUAUAGAUGGAUGAAUAGAGAUGACAAUCAAGGAGGUCAAGAAAAAAUAGAAGGGACCAAAUAAAUGGAGAAAAAAUUGAAGAAGUUGAGACAUGAAAUAUAAUACUCUCUGGAAAUAUAUUUCUAUGAAAAAUGACGUAGCAGGCGAGCACUUUACAUUUGAGUAUCACAGUCUCAUGGACUAUUGACUUUAAUGCCUAGGAAUAAAUUUCUCAAGCUCUAAUUGUAAGGCAUUUAUUCAUAGUAUAACUGUACAAUAUAAAAGUGAUCACAUGUGUACAGGAAGUGUCCUACGAAAUUGUUAUUGUGAAAUCCUGAUGUCGAAAAAUAAAAUUACUGUGUGUUUCAGAGACCAAACGAUGAAGUGGUGAACUGAUGCUGCUGAGAAAAGCGGAGCAGUGAAAGUUACGAAUUGUUGAAACAAAAAGACAUGGCUUUGAAUUCAAUUGAAAUAUUUUGAAAACCGAGGAAAUGAGUGCUGAACCAGGGGUGCGCGGCAAUUUCCGAUUGCCAAAAAUUCCCAAAACCGUCAAUUGCCGAAAUUGCCGAUUGCCGGAAAUAUUGAAAACCGGCAACUGUCAGGGGAAUCCGCCUGGCGCGCGCACCUAAAGCGCAAAAGGCGCGCUCGAGACGCGCAUAGUAUGCGCACUGGAUGCGAAUAGAGUCUGUCAAGAACGAAGCAGGAACCAGAAAACAAAGUAAACGUGCUUUUUUCUAAACUUUAUAGACUAUUACUAUGUAAUCAAGAGUAUGAAUAAGUAAAUGUUUAAAAUGGAAUAUUUAUUUGCUCGAAGUUGCAAAUUUCAAAUGGUACACAAUUACUAGGAAACUAUGGUGAUAUGUUUGUGUAUAUAUAGAUCCGUAUAUAAGAAAGUACCUGUAUAUAGGCACUUUAUAGUUGUUUUGACUUCCCAAUCCUCAAAUUCACGUAGAAAAAACAUAAUCCCCACAUCGUCGACGCUCUGUGCGCGGAUCGUCCACGCUCUGUACGCGCCCGUGCGCGCGCCCUCCGCAGAUCGCGGCCGCGGCCUAGAUUUCAACUCUGCCAAAUUUUUCAAGUUUUUUCAAGCGUGUUUUUUUCAGUUUUUUUCGACUUUACACAUUUUCUAUACUUUUUAUUUAUUUUUCAAUUAAAUAUUAAUGAAAAAAUUUGCAGAAAUUGCAUAAAUGCCUGGUCAAAACAAAUAAUCGGAGGACCAGAAUGACAUAGUUCAUCGAAAAGCAACAAAAUAUGGAGACGAUUUGGAUUCCCCACCUUCACACGGCCCUAGCAUAUAUGCACGAGAGAUUUUUGGAGUUGUUUAUUCUCCCUGAUUCCUGUCCAUCGAAAAAACUUGAAGAGCUCCAACAAAAAGAAGGGAACUGACUGGACAAAGGAACAAUUUUUAAUUUUGAAGUUUUUAAUUUUUUUAACCUUUUCAAUUUAAUAAAAUUAAAUUUAA